AUGGAUGCAACUUUUGCUUUAACGCUUAUAGAAGCUGUCUUGAUUUUGCUGGCUAUAGCAAUUUCUGCUGCUGUCAGAUUAAUCUCUCCACUUCAUGAUAGUUGUAAAGAUGUUGGUGAUUCAAUUCCCACCGUUUCUUCUCAUUCUCGUAUCAUUGUUGCUCCUCCUGCAAUCAAGUAUGAGGUUUUUCUUAGCUUUAGAGGGGAAGACACUCGUCACACUUUUUCAAGUUAUCUCUAUGAAGCACUUCGCCAAGCAGGCAUUCAUACUUUCAUGGAUGAGAAGAUCGAAAAAGGAGAUUAUAUCUCACCGAUCCUUCUGAAAACAAUAGAGCAAUCGGAGAUAUCUUUGAUCGUUUUCUCUAAAGAUUAUGCUUCUUCAACAUGGUGUAUGGAUGAGCUCGUUCACAUUACGAAAUGUAAGGAUAAGUACGGAAGGCUUGUCGUCCCAAUUUUCUACAACGUAGAUCCAUCAAAUAUUCGAAAAAAGAAUGGGAGAUUUGGAGAUAGAUUUACUAAGCUCAAGCAGAGAUUUAAGCACGACCAAAAAAGAGUGCAAGAGUGGGAAAAUGCUUUGAUUGAAGCAGCAAGUCUAUCUGGGUGGGAUUCAAAGAAUUUCAGGCCUGAAUCCGAACUUGUCAAAAAGACUGUCAAAGAUGUUUUGAGCAAAUUGAAGCGCAAGUCAUCCAUUCACAUGGAAGGCCUGGUUGGGAUCAAUCAUCAGAUUCAGAAAGUUGAAGAGUUAGUAAGUGAAGCUCGCACUGUGGGAAUAUGGGGCAUGGGUGGUAUUGGCAAGACCACUCUUGCUAGGGCCGUAUUUGACAGAUUGAAGCCAGAGUUUGAAGCUCUCUGCUUUGCUAAAGAUGUGAAACAACAGCUGGCGGAAAGGAAUGGAUUGGAUGAAUUGCUAAAAAAAAGCCUUAAAGAAUUAUUAAAAGAUGACGAUAUUAAUGCUUACGAUUUAAGAUCCGCUUCUGUCAGGACAAGGCUUCAGCGUAAAAAAAUUCUUCUCGUACUUGAUGAUGUGGACAAUUUUAUAACAGCUGAAGAUUUAAUCAAAGCAUGUAAUUGGUUUGGGGAAGGAAGUAGAAUUAUUAUCACAUCGAGAGAUAUGCAAGUGCUUAAAAAUACUUCUGCUUCUGCAUCUCCAGCAACAUAUCAAGUUCCGGAAUUGGAUCCCCAUCAUUCCCUUCAUCUCUUUAGUUUGAAUGCUUUCAAGCAAAAUCAGCCAUUCGAAAACUACUUGGAGCUAUCAAAGCGGGUAGUUGAUUAUUGUAAAGGAAAUCCUUUAGCUCUGAAAGUGUUGGGUGGCUAUCUCCAUGAUAGAGGAAAAGAAGUGUGGGAAAAUAUUGACAUGAGUGAACUUAAAGACAGAUCCCUCAUCUUUGUUUCUGGAUGUGGUAAUAUUCAGAUGCAUGCUCUACUAACGAAUAUGGGUCUUGAAAUUUCAAAGCAACAAUUAAAAUCUGAUCCUGAAAAUCCCAUUCGGCUGUCGGGGCAUGAGAAUAUUUAUCGUUAUUUUUCCAACAAUGACAAGCAAUUUCCAAACCUGGAGGAAAUAAGUCUAUGGGAUUCAAAAAAUCUUAGGGCACUCCCGGAUUUGUCUCAAGCCCCUAAGAUUGAACGGAUAAUUCUUCGUGGUUGUGUGAAUUUGGGUCAAAUCCAUUCUUCAACUGUCCCAGAAAAGGAUAUCAAUUUAUUUAUAAAAGAUUGUGGGCCAAUGCAAAUAAAUGUUGGGGGCAGUAUGCACGAGAGAAGUUCAUCAGGGUUAGUGAUUGUGCACAAUUCUUUGGAUCUUGCCGAUUUGGCAUUCAAUAAAGUGACAAUGAAGGUGAUGUUAUACGGCAAGAUGAUAUGUGGUGUUGGAUUUAAGCAUGUGAGAAUGCCAUUGAAAGAGACGGCAGAAUUCAUGAGAAUGGGAAUACAAAGUUUGGCGACUUUACUUCCAUUUGUGAGGAGAGUUAAAUGGUUAGAGAGUCCAAUUGAGUUUGGGCAUGAUUUCAAGCAACAUUAUACCUAUGAUGUUAAUCAUUAUUACAAUGGAAAUACAUACUUUAGUAUUGCUGUGUGGGUGAGAAGUGAUGGAGAAGAAAGGGGGUAG